AUGGGUGCCCGCACUCUAACAAUGGAGGCGCAUAAUUCAAGUGCUGCUGGUGGAAAUGGCUUCCUGAAUAGCCAAGAAAAGCCUCAGCCCUGUGCACGUGGAAAACUUGAUGAAAUGAUUGCUGGUGACUCACUAGACUAUAAUUCUUGGAAAUCGCUGAUUUCAGAGAUUGAAACAGCAUCACCAGAUGAUAUUGAUACAAUCUCUGUAGCAUAUGACUACUUCUUAUCCAAUUUCCCAUUGUGCCAUUGGUUCUGGGAGAAAUAUGCUUAUCACAAGUUAAAGCUAUGUGGUGCUCCUGAAGCUGUUAAAAUAUUUGAACGUGGAGUGAAAGCAGCAGAAUGCUCAGUUGGUUUCUGGGUUGACUAUUUCAAAUUUGGCACGUCCUUUUUUGGGGAUCCUUCUGAUGUUCGUAGGUUAUUUGGAAGGGGCUUAUCAUGUGUUGGAAAAGAUUACUUUUGUCAUGUUCUAUGGGAUGCAUACCUGAAAUAUGAAUUCAAUCAGGAGGGAUGGAGUUUCCUUGCACAAAGUUACAUUGAAGCUCUGAAAUUUCCUACCAAAAAGUUGCUCUUUUACUAUGACAAUUUCAAGAAGUUUGUCACCAAUUUGGAAGAGGAAAUGGGAUAUGAGAACAGUUGGAGCAUUGAUGUAGAGAAAGGAUCUGCUGCCGCUGGUGCAAGUAAAAUAAAUAAAAAUGAAAUCUCUCUCGUCGUCAAAGACUUGUUGGAUUCUUCUGAUAGAUCCAUCAAGUCCAAAGCUCUGGACAGAUAUAAAUCUAUUGGAAAUCAAUUCUAUCAAGAAGCACGCCUAUUGGAUGAAGAAAUAAAAAAUUUUGAAACAAAUAUCCGAAGGAGGUAUUUCCAUGUAACUCCACUUGACGAUGAUGAACUUACUAAUUGGCAUCGUUAUUUGGAUUUCAUUGAGAAGCAAGAGGAUUUGGACUGGGCUGUGAAAUUGUAUGAGAGAUGCUUGAUUUCCUGUGCUAAUUAUCCUGAAUUCUGGAUUCGAUAUGUGGAAUUCCUGGAAUCUAAAAGGGGACGUCAGCUAGCUAUCUCUGUUCUAGACCGAGCAACACAGAUAUUUUUAAAGAAUGUUCCAGAAAUUCAUAUUUUCAAUGCAAGGUUUAAGGAGCAAAUAGGAGAUGCAGAUGGUGCUCGUGCAGCAUUGCUUCUGUGUGAUGCAAAGACUGAUUCCAGCUUCAUUGCAAGUGUUAUAAACCAAGCUAACAUGGAAAAACGUCUGGGUAAUUUGGCAGCAGCUUCUGCUACAUAUGAGAAAGGCCUUAAAAUAGCAUCUGAGAAGCAAAAGUUACAUAUCCUUCCCACUUUAUAUUUUCACUUCGCCAGGCUUACAUUCAUGAUAACUGGUAGUGCAGAUGCUGCUAGAGAUGUAAUAAACCGUGGUAUACAACAUGUGCCUCAUUGCAGAUUCCUUUUGGAGGAAUUGAUAAAAUUUUCAAUGACGCGUGAAGGAGCAAGUCAAGUGAAUAUAGUAGAAUCAAUUAUAGUUGAUGCCAUCUCUCCUGGAUCAGACAAAUCUGAAGGCUUGAAUGCCAAGGAUAGAGAGGAUAUAUCAUCUCUCUUUUUAGAGUUUGUUGACCUUUGUGGAACUGUAAAUGAUGUAAGAAGGGCUUGGAACCGUCAUGUUCAAUUAUUUCCCAGGUGUAUGAGGAUAAGAGCCCUGUGCAAGAAGCCCAUAUCAGGCAACCAUUUAUUAAAUGCAGCUGCGGACCAAAGUCGCUUUAAGUUAGCUGGGCUUGGGAUUGACCAGGCAUCCAAAACCCAGAGUUCUGAUCAUCUAAUUAAACUUGCAGAGCAAGAACAGGUACCUGUACUUGCUGAGAAUAAUGAUGUCCAGCCCCAUCCAGUUUUAGAAGAUAAGUCAAUGCAAAUGGACGAUGACAACAAUAAAAAGGAAAAACUGCAGAGACCAUCCACCGAAGUUGCAGUUGUAUCUAAGGAAUAUGCAUCUCGUGACGAUGACCUAUCUCAUAAUUCGAUACAUCAUUCUGGAGAUCAUGUUCCUGGAUCAGUUGAAUCAACUCUUGAUUUGACAUGUCGACCUAAAGACGACAAACGGGAAUUAAUGGAGGUCACUACCGAAUUGGUCCGACCACAUGAAUUAACUCGUGAGGUUAGCAAGUCUUUGGGACCAACUGGUUCUGUAGAAGCCUUGCGUGGAUGCUCCGGUUCAGUUAAUGUUGAUUCAGAGCCAGACCAUGAGCUCCAACAGCAUAAGCAGCCAGUUUCUUUGAAUAACGUUGCCUUAAAUUCUCAGGCAAAGGAAUCUCAGGGGUUUAUGCCCAUGUCUUGUAAAGAGUUCGAGGCUACAAAAGGCACAUCUGCCUCUAGUCGGAGCCCAUCACCGAAUUUCCCCCGUGUUAAUUAUAAUGCUUCUGCCAGCCCGAAGAGCAUUCAGACUGUUGAUUCACCACAACUUCCAAAUGAAUCUGAUAAAGAUAGAUCAGAAAAUCAUCAAAAUCAUACUCUAGCACAAGUACAUCCAAAUCCAGAAGUGUCUUCCAGAACUGAUGAAAAUUCUCAUCCAAUAAAUCACAUAGUGACAACUGCAGGACAAUCACCACUAUCAUCCCCACCUGUUUCUGUUUCUUAUUCUCAACAAAAUAUGUUACAAAGUAAUUUGCAAAGUAGUCGGCAGCCUGGACAAAUGCCCCAUGACCAAGCGAUGAAUCAGAUGUUGCAAUAUCAGUAUCAGUAUCAGCAGCAACAGCAUUUUCUGCAACAGCAAUAUCAGCUGCAGCAGCCGGUCUCUCAAGUGCAACAACACUAUGUACAACAUCCGCCUUAUCAGUUGCAAUCACAGCAACAGCAGCAGCAUGCCCAGCUUGCGCACCAGCAACAAUAUGUCCAACAGAUGCAACAGUACUAUCAGCAACAGAUGCAACAACAGUAUUACCAGCAAAACCAACAGCUUGCAUCCCAUAUGCAUCAACAAGGAUAUCAACAUGCAGCACAUGGACACGAGCUACUUUCGCAGCAGUACCAGUUAUAUAAACAAGGAUAUCCGCCUAUGCAAGUUCAACAAGGUCAUCACCAAAUGCAAGAACAAAAUGUGCAUCAAAAUUUACCAGAGACGCCACAGCACGAAAAUCUACAGCAGCGCCAUCAAGUUACUUCAGAACAGAAUUUGACUCAAAGCUUGAGCCAACACCAACAGGAUCAAGAUGUUGCCACACCAGAUUUUGACGGUGCACCUGAACCUUUUGAGUUGUCUCUUCUUCAAGGCCAAUCUCCAAAGUUAGCAUGA